GCUAUUUGCCCAGGGCCCUGAGCCUCGCGAAUAGAACAUAUUGAUGUUGUAUUGCCAAUCCCUUUCGCUUCCACCGUAUCUUCAUUGCCGUCGACACUGCUGCAUUGAUAGGCACAAGCUGCGCAACCAACGUCUGGUAUGAAUAUUCGUGCGUCUGCUACAGGUUCAGAUGCGGGAGGCAGCGUGCACCGCAUCUCCACACAAGAAGUCCUCGGACAAGACGACAAUGACCGGAUAAGCAUGGAGACUCCACUUCUGCAAGAUAUGCGUGGAGACGCUCGUAUACGCUGGGUAUACUUUAUGCUUGGAGCCGCUACUCUUCUAUCAUGGAACGCAAUGAUUAAUGCGAACUCGUUUUUCAUGUCGCGACUGUCGGGUUCUCCACUGAGACAAUCAUUUAGUUCUUACUUAUCUAGUGUGUUUACCGCCAGCAACGUGGUUGCAUUGGGACAUGCGAUUGUUACCUCGAAACAAUCUUCCCCUUCUAGGCGCGCCUUCUGGUCCACUGCGCUCACCUCAGCGAUCGUCAGCAUAUUGUUUUUGACGACAUUCCUUCACCCUAGUUCAACUCCAUUCUUUUACUUUAUCAUGAUAAGCGCGUUCUCCUUGUCGGGCUGCGCGUCGUAUCUGUCGAACUCGGUAUUUGCAGGAGCAGCGCUCUUUGGCGCUCCUUAUAUGCAAUCGAUGAUGGCUGGCCAGGCUGCUGUAGCCGUUGCGGUCAGUGGUGUGCAAGUCAUCAGCUCCGCCAUCUCAGUUUGGGGAACUACUCCACUGGCUCCUGUCACCAGUGACAUCGACUCUGAUGGCAAAGCUGAGGAGAAAUCUGCGCGUAUAUUCUUUGGGAUUUCCGCGUUAUAUAUGAUUGCUACACUGCUUGCAUACAAGUGGCUAGCGUCAUUGCAAGUAUACACGAAGACCAUGGGUGCUCUCGAGGACGACCUCAAGGCCCGAGUUGUAUCAGACGAGGCUGAUGAACGGCAGGCUCUCCUACCUGCUGCGCUGCCAAGCACAGUUGAAGACAACCAGAUUCUUCGUAUUUUUCAGACGAAUUUGAUUUAUAAUUUUGCUGUGGGAUAUGUUUUCGCUGUAACUUUGGCUGUUUACCCAGCCAUCACUGUCACCAUCAAGCCGACGAAUCCAAAUACCCAUCCUUUACUGUUUAGCGCUGUGCACUUUCUAGUGUUCAGUUCUGGUGACCUUUUGGGACGAUACUCGUGCUCCUUCCCAAAACUCAUAAUCUGGUCGGCUCGACGCAUUUUGGUUCUGGCUGUCCUCCGGACACUGUUUAUCCCUGUGUUCCUUCUAUGCAACGUGGAACAUUCAUUCCCUGUUACCCCGUUUAUCAACUCUGACUUGGUCUAUAUGCUUCUCCUGUGUGCUCUGGGCGUGUCGAACGGUUAUGUGUCUACUCUGUGCAUGUUGGGCGCGCCCUCGUUGGAACACAACAUAAGACUGAGGGGCCGGCAGGAAGAUGUUGACGUUGCUAGUACCGUCGCAGCUUUCUGUCUUAUUGUGGGAUUGGCGGUUGGUGGAUUUGCGAGCUUUGGAGUGAGGGCUGUUAUCUGCAACUGUAAUCCGUUCGCGUCCUAGGCUCCAAGCUGUCGCGGUCUAUUAUGUACUUGCGAUAUCGUGGAAUAUAUUCUAAUUUUGGGAUAUUCG